UGACGUCUUUAAUAUUAUUGAAAUUACUUAUUAGAUAAUACCCACAGAGAGCAUAAUGUUUAAUUCUCAAAAGAUGAAAUAAAAUCUGUUAACAGUACUUAUCAAUAUAGCUCAAAAUAAUGCAGAAUGUAUGAAAUACUUUUAGGGCACUGAAUGCUAAAAAUAUUUAUCUUCAGUUUAUUUUUAGAGAAAAUUAACACUGCUCACCCCUAAACACCUUUGUUUUCAUCCUGCAGUUUACAUUUUCAUUAUGCUUGGCUGUGAAACAGGCAGCCCAAAGGAAAAGAGUGAAACGAUUUCUCAAGUACAGCAUGUGUCUGUAAGUGACUCAAAAUGCCUUACUACACAUUAACAAGAUGUAUCAUUAAUCAUUUACUUGACAUUUGUGUUUUCCCAACUUUCUCAAGACCUCAAUAAAAAGAGCAAACUGAUUAAUGAAAUGGGUGUCACAACAGUGAAGUAUAAAAGAGGGCAGGAGGGCAGAAAAAGACUCCAUACAGACAGAGAUUUCAAAGACACAAGGAUGAAGAAGAUCGCAAUCCUGGUUCUUGCACUCAGCUGCUGUUGGUGUGAAGUGCAAGAUAAUGGAAACAAUGCCAAAGCCCAUCAGUGCUCAGGAUCAACCAGUUGCUGUGAAAUCUACUCCCUCACUUCCAUAGCCCAAAACCUGGCAGAAAUGGGACAGAAAAUUUCAACUAUGGCAGAAAAACUAACGCUCCUGGAGGAUAAGUUGCUAAAGACUGAGAAUCAAGUCCUGGAGCUGCGCAGCCUUACUGCAGGCACGCCUCAGGUGGCCUUUUCUGCAGCUCUCAGAGAAUCUGGCAGUGGAAACACUGGACCCUUCUCUACUUCUACCCCACUGCAGUAUAAGAUGGUCUUCUCAAACACUGGGAAUGGCUACAAUCCUGCAACAGGUAUUUUCACAGCAAUGGUCAAAGGCAUGUACUUCUUUCGAUUCUCAAUGUUCAACAACCUCAGUCCAGUUCCAAACUCUGUUGUGAGCCUCAUGAAGAAUGACGUACUACUGACAUCUGUGUGGGACACCUCAGGGACUGACAGCAAUGACAUGGGCAGCAACGCUGUGGUCAUUCCCCUAGAGGUGGGAGACAAUGUGUAUGUACGGCUCUCAGAAAACAGGCUGGUCUAUGAUGAUGGUAUGAAGUACAACACCUUCAGUGGUUUUCUGCUCUUCACCAUGUAAUUCAAACAUGACUUCAGGUUUGCUCAUCUUGGAUUUUUUGUACAUUAAAAGAAAUAUCUAAUCUUAUUCACACUGUAGCUUGAAAAGUGGAAUCUGUGAAAUUUGGUGUGAUGUACAUCUGAUGUGCUAUGUAUGGAAAUUGUUGGGAAAUUGCAGUUUGUUUGGAACACUGUAUUCAUCACUGCUGAGAAUCAAAAUAGAUAUCAAACUUCCUCUGUGCAAUGCCUCUAUCUGUAAUCUCAUCUCAAAACAUGAUUAUGUUUUUGAUUUCAAAGUACUUUUCUUGUGCAGGAACAAGGGUAAUGAAUACAAUUUAAAAUAAAAUCCAAAAACUUUGGUGCCUGUGAGUUAUUGUACGUAUAUAUGUGUAAUUGUCUUGCAUGCACAUAACACAAACAUUAGAUCAGGAGCAGGGAGAGGUAGGGUAAGGCUGGGGUCAGGUCAUUAGACAUGACUGGCUAGGGUUAAGUUUAAGGUUGACACAGACUAAGGUAAGAGGAAACACCUACGUGUAUCUAUGGGGAAUAAAGACUUCACCUUCCCCCCAUAAUGCACCUCUGAGACUUAAUGUUAACUGUAACAAAUCUAGCCUUGGAUAAAUAGCUGAGCAGGUCAUGGUUCCUCUGGCCUUUGACCAAGAACAUCUGCAAUAAAUAAAAAAAUGUGCUGCUUGUUUA